UUGCUCAAACAACUGGUGCUAUAUUGCCGGUCCUGUUCUUCGCUAUUCGCUUAUUUAACCCUCCAAAAGGUUUCACGAGUUUUCCUCUACAUCCCUUGCAAUGCAAUUCAAUUCUUGAAAGAAAUCAAAUCACAGUUGAAUAAGUCAUUUUAAUUUCCCAAUUUAUCAACCAAUUUAGGGUAGAAAAGGCACUAAUAAUGGAUGAAGAAGAAAUAGAGAGAGCAGUGAUUGCGUAUUUAAAGAAGAAAGGUUUUAAACAAACUGAGCUUGCUUUUCAAGAAGAACAUCAACUUCAACAACACCCACAACAACAGUCGAAGAAUUUGUCUUCUAAUUCUCAAACUGACGCAGAUGUUGCUAAGCUCAUUCUCUCUUUUACAAUUGAGUCAGAGAGGCUUCCUGCACAAUAUCAUGAUGGGUACAGCAAGCUAAGAUCUUGGGCUUACAAUUCACUUGAUUCAUACAAGCAUGAAUUGCUUCGAGUGCUCUACCCAGUUUUUAUACAUUGUUUCAUGGAUCUCAUUGCACGGGGCCACCUACAAGAAGCCCGUAAUUUUUUCAAUACCUUCUGUGAAGACCAUGAAACUAUGCAUCAGAGGGAUCUACAAAAGCUUGAGGGAGUUCUUUCCCCCUCUCAUUUGGAGGAGAUGGAGUUUGCCCAUACUUUAAGGCAGAGCAAAGUUAACAUCAAGAUUUGUCAGUAUGCGUAUGAGCUUCUUUUGCAGUAUCUACACAACACUCAAUCUAUCACUAUGCUUGGGGUUAUAAAUGAGCAUAUUAACUUCCAAGUUAGUCCGGGUCAGCCCAGUUCAAUAUCUGAUGAUGCUGAUGCUGUGACAUUGGUUGAUGGUGGCCAAGAUGUAGCAAACCUGACAAAUCAAAAAGAAAUUCAAUGGGGUAUACUGGAAGAUUCAAUUGAGGAUCGCUUGGAGAAGAGUGGUGGUUUGCUUUCAGAUUCUGAAAAAGUGGAUGGGGAAGGCAAGGAAGGGGAGAACGAAGAAAAUAAGAAAAGAUCUGUUGAUGGAGGAAAGCAAAGUGCUCCUGCAAAAAAAUCCAAGAAGGAUAAAGUUGGAGGUGUUGGAGGAAAAGCUGCACGCCCGGAACCCAACACUCCUUCUACGGCACCAAGAGUCAAACCUGAGCUUCCUUUGCCAGUCAUGCCAACUGCAGUUGAACAUUCUAUCCUGGAAGACCUUCGUAAUCGUGUGCAGUUGAGUAGCAUGGCCCUGCCAUCUGUAAGCUUCUACACAUUUAUCAAUACACACAAUGGUUUAAACUGUGCCUCAAUUUCACAUGAUGGUUCCUUGGUGGCCGGUGGAUUUUCAGACUCUUCCUUAAAGGUUUGGGACAUGUCAAAGCUUGGGAAAGAAAUGGGCAAUCCUACUCUACAGGGUGAAAAAGAUGCUGCUGGAAAUGAGCAAAGUUUUGGUGUAAACGACGGCAAAAGACCCUAUACUUUGUUUCAGGGUCAUUCUGGUCCUGUUUAUUCAGCCUCAUUCAGUCCCCUUGGAGAUUUCAUCCUCUCUUCUUCAGCAGAUUCAACUGUACGACUUUGGAGCACCAAACUAAAUGCUAAUCUUGUGUGCUACAAGGGUCACAAUUACCCUGUAUGGGACGUGCAGUUCAGCCCCUAUGGACACUAUUUUGCUACUUGUUCUCAUGAUAGAACAGCAAGGAUCUGGUCCAUGGACAGAAUUCAGCCAUUGAGAAUCAUGGCUGGCCAUUUGUCAGAUGUUGAUUGCGUCAGAUGGCAUGUAAACUGUAAUUACAUAGCCACUGGGUCAAGUGAUAAAACAGUUCGGUUAUGGGACAUUCAGAGUGGGGAAUGUGCAAGGAUAUUCAUUGGUCACAGGAGUAUGAUAUUGUCUUUGGCGAUGUCACCUGACGGACGAUAUAUGGCAUCCGGUGACGAAGACGGUGCAAUCAUGAUGUGGGAUCUGGCUAGUGGUCGUUGCAUUACCCCUUUGGUAGGUCACACAUCAUGUGUAUGGACAAUAGCUUUCAGUGGUGAAGGCUCUCUUCUUGCUUCGGGAUCAGCAGACUGCACGGUAAAGCUGUGGGAUAUCAAUGCAAGCACAAAGAUGUUAAGAUCCGAGGAAAAAAAUGGAAGUUCAAAUAGACUCCGAUCAUUGAAGACUCUUCCUACAAAAUCUACUCCAGUUUAUUCUUUGACGUUUUCGAGGAGGAAUUUGUUAUUUGGAGCUGGUGUUCUUUCUAAACACUAAUGAAAAAUUUAGUAGAUGAUUUCAGUCACUAAUGGUAGUUGUAGACAUCCAAUGAAGUAUUAGUGUUGCUGCUUGAAACUGCUUCAGUUUAGUGUUCAAGCUGGAUUAGAUUUGUUGCUGAUUUUGCAGUAAUUUACUGAUGUUUAGUAUUUUUCUUAGAAACAAGGGAUUUUUUAUACUUUCAUCUAAGAAUUGUACGUAAAUUACUUUAUCCUCUCCGAUGACCCUCGUUUACCGCUUACCUUACUUCUCCCUCAAGUCCUCAACGGCCGACAGUGUCUUGUACUUGGAGCCUCCCUGAAUAAAUUGAGCUGUGGCUGACGAAUGCCGUUGUAUGUUGCCCUUCGACUUGAUACUUUUUUUUGAAAGGUUCGACUUGGUACUUAAUGUUGCUUGUAUUAUUGUAUAUGAUCUUAUUAAACAUAUGGAACCCAAAAUUAGAAAAUUUGUAAAGAAUAAGUAAAUUUAUAUAAAAAAUUUAAAAAAUAAGCAAUUUUUAAACUUAAUUCUCAUAAUAAACUUAAAUCCCUAGAGCACAGGUUUGAGUUGUUCACUGUUACUAACAACGAACAUAGAAGCUUGGUCAAAAAAGUUAAGGUUUUUGUUCGCUAUUAGUAACGGUGAACAAUUACAAAGCUAAUUUCAGUUGCUUGUUCCAAUUUUAACUGUUAUUUUCUUGGGCUAUGUCAAUUUCACAAGACUUAUUUUUAGGCUUUUAAUUAUUAAUUUUCCUAUUUUAUUUCCUAAAAGUUUGGGAAUGUUGAUAAUUAAGGGAUUUACAAUGAUUUUAAAUCAAUUUUAUCAAGUG